GGCAAUGAAUAUGAGCAAAUAUUACAAUAAAUUGGUCAUAGCGACAAGCUACUUCAACUCGAAUGAAUGGUCCUUCAAAAGAGAUAACAUUACCGACAUGAUAAACAAGGUGAAUACCUUGGAAGAUGGAAAUAUUGUUAAACUGGACUUGCAGGAUAUGGUUUGGAGGAAAUAUGUAGCAAAUUACUUGGCGGGAAUUAAGAAAUUUAUUCUGAAAGAAGACCCCAAAUCUAUAAAUGCGGCGCCGUAACGGUUAUCGACAUUCUACUGGAUACGUGAGAUAACUAAAGCUUCUGGUAUAAUCAUUUUACUUCCGAUAAUAUUGGUAAUAAUAUUGUUGUACACUGAUCAUUUUAACAUUAUUUUUCCCGCUUAAAUAAAAAAAACGAAGCGUAUGGAACUUUAUGAAAAAGGGCCUUGCAAUAGGAACAAACCGCUAUAUAUAAAAAGUGUCUGGCAGAGUUAGAAAUUAUUCGAACAAUAUUCCGAAUAAAUGAUUGUUCGAAUAAAAAGUGCAGAUAAAUGAAGUUAUUUACUGAUAUUGUGAAUAAUACGUAUAUGAUAUUAUUGUAUAAUAUUAUUGUAUAAUAUCACAAAUUGUUGACAUAUAUUAAAUAUACUAAAUAAUUCAGAACA